AUGACUCGUCGCAAUACUUCUGAAAGCGAUGAACCACAUCCGUUGCCGCGUGACAAUAUUCCUCAAUAUGAUACUGUAGAUGAUAUUGAUGAUUCGGAUAAUGUGACAGAAGUAGAAGUUAAAUCUAACAGAGGAUCUACAGUAUCCGCACGGGCUCCACAUGUGACAAUUAAACAGGAUGAAAUAGAUGAUAUAGGAGAGAGACAGGUUACUGUAAUUGAGAUCGCUUCUCAAAGAGGAUCUUCCAGAAGAGUGGCACCCAAGAAAGAUUACGCUCCUUCUAUUCCUCUUCCCGAACAUCCAGCUCAACAAUCUGGUCCCCCACCAUCACAGAAACCACGACCCCAAAAAAUUGCAAACCCGGAAAUGGCAUUCGACAUGGGGGUCAACAACAUUGCGCCUGUUCUAGUCCAUAAAAUGAAUAUGGAUGAUCGAGAUCCAUCCGACUCCGUGCAAUAUCUUAAUACAUCAUUCUUCGAAGUUUUCGCUGAACCAAGUGAACAAUAUCACAGUAUCGCAUGUGUUUGGACGUUGUCUUUCAAAAUAUUCGAAAUCGUUCGAAUCUACAGUUACAAAAUUCUAACUCUAAUAUUUGGACUACUGAUUGCACUUAUUGGUGGAUUUUUGUUUGCACUGUUUGCAUUCCUGAACAUCUGGAUUUUCAGACCAUUCCUCAUUCUAUCUCGCAUGGCAUUAUCCCAAGUCGUUAUGAUCUGGCCAAUGUUCCUGAUUUAUAUUGUUCGUCCAUUCUUCUAUUCGGUUGGAGCUAUCUUCUCCACCGCGCGUCUUCAUACUUCGAGAGGAGAACAAGUGGCAGAGUCAGCCGAUUCAUCACUGAGCCAUGUCGAUCUGGAAUCUGAUUCAUCGUCAAUUUAUGACCUGACGUCUUCAUUAGAGCAUCGUAAAAAAGUCGACGACGAGUUUCAAUUAGUGUUUCGGAAAGCACAAGACGCAAUUAACAAAGGAAUUCAACCGAGCUUGAUUCCCGAAGGCAGUUCAGGAUCUUAUUUCGUCUAUGGUUUAGAAGGAGAAAUUCUCGGAGUUUUCAAGCCAAAGGACGAAGAACCAUUCGCUUCUCUCAACCCAAAAUGGCCGAAGUUUUUCCAGAGAAUGCUCUGCUUCUGCUGCUUUGGACGCGCGUGUCUUAUUCCCAACACGGGAUAUCUUUCUGAGGCAGCGGCAAGUAUAGUCAGCGAAAUGCUUCAGUUAGAUGUGGUACCGACGACUCGAAUUGUGAAACUUGCAUCACCGUCAUUUUUCUAUUCUCGAUUCUUCGGUCACUACGAUGUUCGUCCGAAAGAAGGAAGUUUUCAACUUUAUGUCAAUGGAUAUGAAAGUGGAAACACAGUUUUCGCACGUUGGAAUUAUGACAAAAACCUGUUGAGUGAUGAGGAAGAAGCCAAAUUCCAACUUCUUUUCCAAAAAAUGUGUAUCGUUGAUUAUGUUAUCAGAAAUACUGAUCGUCACAUGGACAAUCUUCUUGUUCGUCACGUACCAGGACACGAAAUCAAUCUGGCAGCAAUUGACAAUGGAUUAGCAUUCCCAGUUCGGCACCCGGAGUGUACUUCAAGAUUUCGUUCAUUUCCAUUCCGUUGGUCAAAUCUUCCUUGGGCACAGGCAGAAUUUGAUCAAACUCUUCGUCGCCACGUUAUCUCGCUCUUAACACCACAAUUUGUUCAUCGACUUUGCGUCGAUCUCAAGAAACUGUUCCGUCAUGGAAUCGCUAGUUCCAACUACAUGCUCGUCAAUAGUCAACUUCGUGUCGUCCGCGGACAAAUUUGGAAUCUCCGCCAGGCAUUGAUAGCAAACGAAUCACCAUGUGAGAUGGCACGUCGAGAGCCGAUUAUUGUCAGUCGGAGUUCAGACAUCGAAAUGCCCAACCCACCACCGCAUCGUGGGAUGAUUGGUUUAUUGUCAAGUCGCCUAGCUACUCCAACCAACAAUUAUGCUGACACUACGAAGACGGCAGUCGAAUGUGAUGAAGAGAAAAAAGUUCCAGAAAAUCUGAUAAACUUUUAA